CCAAAAGCCUGUUUAAAUAAAAAUGUCUUCAGCUGCUUUUUAAAAGAAUCUACAGAAUUUUCUGCACACAAUGACAGGGGCAAGGCAUUCCAGAGUCUAGGUGCAACUGCUUGAAAAGACCGGUCACCCCGAGUUUUAAAACGAACUUUUGGAACCAUUAAAAGGUUUUGGCCUGAAGACUGAAGAGUACGGGAGGAAGAAUAAGGGGUCAACAGGUCAGUAAUGUACUGGGGGGCCUGUCCAUGCAGAGCUCUAAAAGUCAAAAUUAAAAUUUUAAAAUCAAUUCUGAAUUUCACAGGAAGCCAAUGUAUUGAGGAUAAUACUGGUGAAAUAUGAGUCCUUCUGCGUGUUCCUGUUAAAAGCCUGGCUGCAGCAUUUUGCACCAUUUGAAGACGACCCAGCGAGGAUUUAUUUAAAUAAGUAAAAAGAGAGUUGCAGUAAUCAAGACGAGAAGAAAUAAAAGCGUGCAUAAUCAUCUCCAAGUCCGCUUUAGACAAUAGCGCCCUCAAUUUAGAAAUGUUUCUCAAAUGAUAAAAACAAUUUUUGACCAGCUGUCUAGAAUGACUGUCCAAAGACAUAGUUUGGUCAAACAUAACACCAAGAUUUCUGAGGCUCGUCUGAGCAGAAGAACCCAAGGAGCCAAGGUGCUGUUUAAUUUGAGGUAACUUAUGGUCUGGAGCGAAGAUUAAAGUUUCAGUCUUUUUAAUAUUCAAUUGUAAAUAAUUAUUAAAUAACCAGUUCUUUUAUACAGGACAGGCAGUCCAGUAAAUCAGUUAACUUGUCAAACUCAGAAUCUCUAAAAGAACAGUACAGCUGGAUGUCAUCAGCAUAAAAGUGAUAAGAUACAUUUUUAAAACCAUGAAUUAUUUCACCAAGAGGGCAAAUAUAUAAUAAAAACAAAAUGGGACCUAGAACUGAGCCCUGGGGUACUCCAUAUGGCAAGGGGGUCAUCUCAGACAUAAUAUUAUUAAUUGACACACAAAAUGUUCUGUCGCUCAGGUAGGAGGAAAACCAGUCAAGAACUACUCCAGAAAGACCUGUUUCAAUACGUAAACGAUUUAUCAAAAUAUUGUGGUCAAGUGUAUCAAAUGCAGAAGAUAGAUCCAAUAGGAUCAAGACCGAGUACUGGCCAGCAUCGGCCGCCAUCAUAAUGUCAUUUGAUACUUUCAGCAGGGCAGUCUCAGUUGAAUGACAUUUCCGAAAACCUGACUGAAAUUUAUUUAUCAAAUUAUUUUCCUCAAGGUAUGCAGUCAGCUGCCCCGCUACCACUCUCUCCAAGAUUUUCGAUAAAAAAGGCAAUUUGGAGAUGGGCCUAUAGUUGUUUGGAUCAGAUGAAUCGAAAUUGGGUUUCUUCAAAAAGGGGCAGACAACCGCUUGUUUAAAAAAGCUAGGCACAGAACCAGUAGAAAGAGAAAGAUUGAUCAAAUUAACAACAUAAGGUCCAAUUAAAUCAAAUACAUUUAAAAGCAGCAAAGUUGGAAUUAUAUCUAAAGGGCUUGAUGAAGGUUUCACCUUUUUUAAUAAUCCCUUAAUAUCCUCUUCAGUGGCAGGUAAGUUAAAAAGGCUGACCAAGAGUAUUGAGGAGAUAAGCCCCAGGAAGUAUCAACAAGAGAUGGAUUUAUAGAGGCUCUAAUAUUAUUUACCUUAUUCACAAAGAAAUUUAAAAACCUAUUACAGUCUGACUUAGAAUGGACUGGUACUUGAGGGGCUAAAGGAGAGACCAAUUUUGAAAUAGUGUCAAACAGGACUUUAGGAUUCUUCUUGUUCAAAGCUACAAGAUUAGAAAAAUAGGCAGAUCUAGCCUGUUUUAUCUUGUCAUUUAAUGACAUAAUAAGCUCCUUCAAGUGUAAUCUAUGCACUUCCAAAUUCCAGACGUAUGGCCUUUUGUAUGAGUGGGGCCCGUAACAUACUGUUUAAAAUUAAAUGAUUCAGUAAGUGCUAAAAACUCAGAUGCCAAGUUACACGAAACAUCAUCAAUAUGGAGGUUGAAAUCACCAAGUAUCAAAACCUUUUCGAGUUUGAUAAUUGAAGAUAAAAAUUCAGAAAAAUCCUCUAAAAACAAACGAGCAGGACCAGGAGGUCGGUAGAUUAAUAUACAAUAAAAUGCAUCCAUAUUGCCAACCUUAGUCAUCUGUAGCUCAAAGGAAUCGAAAGAUACAUAUAUUUAAAUGAGAAGUCCCAGGGUGUGCUUGGGGACGUGGUCAGAUUUUCCUGUUUUUUUUUGUCUCUAGCUGAUCACUUUGCCUGAUCUACCUGAUCCACAGCAUAUUUGGUAAACAAGGAAACUCAAAAACACAUGACUCAUGAGUUUCUGUUUACAAUAUUUUGUGUGUAGAUCGUUAUUUAAAUGUAAAUAAAAGCCUAAAUAUAAGACUUUCAAUUCAUAAGUUAGAUGGAAUAUGAAUCGUUUCUAAUAUAAAACCAUAUACUCUCAGAACGGUAGUGGGGUUUUUUUGUUUGUUUGUUUUUUGAAUGAGAAGACACAACAACAUACCUCUUCUGCUUGUCAUCUGUUUAUCUUUUGUGUUCACUCUCGGAUGCCGACAAUAGCUGGUCACUCCCACUGCGGGCGCUUCCUAUAGAUCCAGGUGUAUUAAAAUCAGUGAUCUUGCCCGGCAGGUAGCUAUAAGUCAGUAGUCGAGCUGCUGGUAUGUGGGGAAUGUCAUUUAACUAAUUUAUCUGUGGUCUUAAAAGGGAGGCCUUCACUAAUGAGCUUGAAGUCCAAGAGAAAAUACAGAAGAGAAGAAGAAGAGGUCGUAUGUGGAUCCGUGUUCCUGCCAUAUAAAACAUCUCAGACAAGUAUGCUAGUUUGAAGUGAUACACCAACCCAUUCAUUUAUGAAACUGAUCCGGAGAGACUUUAUUUUAACUGCAGGAUGACUGACAGUGAUGAUGAGCAGCAAAUAUUAAGGAUUCUUUCAUGGAAUGUUAACGGUUUCAACCGCAAAAGGAAUGAGGUUCUUCGUCAGUUAAGUCUUCUAAAGGCUGAUGUAGUCUUUCUCCAAGAAACUCAUGUGGGUCCAGAUAGAACCUACUCAACUGGGAGUAUCAAAGUCCAAGAUUUGGAAUGUGAUUACAGCAUGGCGGCAUUCACUGUAUUUAAAGGAAGUUCACGAGGGGUGGCCAUACUGUUCAAAAAGAAUCUCGGAUGUGGUGGUUUCAGUAUUGAUGGCGACGGAAAGGGGAGAUUCAUAAUAAUCAAAUGUCAAAUUUGGGGGCAUGACUUUGUAUUUAUCAAUGUGUAUAACUCAAAUGAUGAAAAAAUUAAGUUUACGGAGUUUACACAAAUUUCGACCCACAUCCCGCCGUCGGCAUAUCUGGUGAUCGGUGGGGAUUUUAACACAGUCAUGGACGCCGACCUUGACAAAACGUCAAAUUUACGAAAUCGAAGUCACCGAAAGUCUUUCGACGCUCUCCACAAUUUUUUGGAAACCUUAAGCUUAGUGGAUGUCUGGCGUUGUCUUUACCCGGAGGUAAAAAGCUUUACGUAUUUUGAUGGGAAAGGUCAGUCGAGACUAGACUACUUCUUUUUGCGAAGUCAAAACUUAACAAGCGUAACUACUUGUAACAUUCACAACAGACCAAUGUACUCGGAUAAAGAAGAGUACAUUUCUGAUCACGCCCCGUUGUCCAUUCAAAUCCAGACACACGGACCAAAAUGGCAGUUUGAUUCUUGUCUUCUUGAAGAUAAAGCCUGUAUGGAACAACUUUCAAGCACAAUAAAGAAAAUUUCACAAAUAAAUACCAGAAAGAAAGAAUACCUGUGGCCAGGAGUGAAGGUCAGGCUUAUAUGUGAGGCGAUAGUUUUGCAAAGACGCCUAAAACGGUCAAGAUGCUCAGAGAUGAUUGAACUUCCUCAAGAGGUUGAACACAUGGACCAAGAAGGGUGUCCAGGUUCAGAAGAAUCCAUUGAGGUUCAUCAAACACCAAAUACUUCAUCCCAGAGUCUUCUGAACUUCUUGAAUCAUUUAUACCAAAUUGAGAGAUUUGAUGACAUAAAAUCCAUCCUGUUUACCGUUCUAACUGAACCAGUUUCGAGAAAAGAGAUUCUGUUUGCUAUACUGUCCCUGCCUCAGUCUGAAAGUCUAACAGCAGAUGGACUCACAGUACAUUUCUAUAAGCAUUAUGCUUCUAAAAUGAUUGACCUCUUACAAGCAUUUUUCAAUCAAAUCUUCGACCUCAAACCAAUGAAACGCACAGUUUUUGAAUCACUCAACCGAGACAAAUACGAUCACACCUACAGCUAUGAUGUUCAAUAUCACUGCAGUCCGAUGACAGUAGUUAAUGUGGAUUAUAAAAUUCUGUCUUUGAUUCUGGCAGCAAGGCUGAAUGGCGUUAUUAAACAUAUUUUAAACCCAGGUCAAAGCAAACAACACAGUUCUGUUCAACAUUGCAUCAGUGAUCAAAUCCCAGUGAUUAUUUCAUUAAAACUAGAUCCAGGUGCACUGAAGUGGCCGUAUCUGUUCAAUAGCUUAAAGUCCGUGAAUCUACCCGACAGAUUUAGAUCCGUGUUGAAGCUGUUGUUGAUGACAGAUUACAGAUCACAAGGUCUGAGGGUGGGAUGUCCACUGACUCCUUCACUAAUAAGCAUCUGCCUUCUUCCUCUGAUCAACUCCAUUAACAGCGAAAACAGGUUUUUGGGACCUGAAGUCCAAGGAGAAAUGCUUAAGUCAAUCAUCAAUGAAGACAGAGUCCUUGUGUUUCUUUCUAAUUCUAAUGAGGCUUUGGAUAGUUUUGAAAAGAUGCUCAAUGAUUUUAUUGAGGCAUCAGGAUUUAUCAUAGAUGAACACUGCUCUGAGGUAUUCGUAGCAGGUCCUUCACGCCUCAGUUUAAGCAAAGACAAACUUAAGUUUUUUAAGAGAAUGGAUGAUAGAUUCUGUGGUGUUGUACAAGAGGAAAUGGUUGUCGAAUCGUCAGAAUAAUUGUGUAAAAGGACGUUCAAAAUGAUUCAAUACGGGUUAUGCGCAACAAACUUCCGUUUUCUGUAAAACAGUUUGCAUCACAUAUGGAAAAAAAUAUCUAAAAAUGUAUUUUUCUUCUCACUAACAUUUGGAUAUUUAAAUUGAGUAAAACAGCGACAAUAAAAUUUUAGACCUAUCGAUUUAGACCUAUCUGUAUUGUAUUUAUAUAAAGCGUUCACAGGCCGAUUUGCUUUAUGUAUUUUCCCGAUGUUGAAAUCAGGCGCAUAUAAAUGUCAGGAAACACGAUUCCUGGCUGCAUGUCAAUAUCCAUGGAUUAGGUUUCUUUGACAUGUUAAGGAACACUUUCGAGCCCAACCUUUAGUGUAAUCGUUUGUUUUACUCGCGUUUUCUCAGUUUCCCCUAUUAAAUCCAGUCAUGCAGCAGGUUCUUUUGCCACUCAGUCCAGCUGAGGGAGCGCGUUCCGGCGGGAAAGUGAUGUCUAUGCAUACCCUCUAUUCCCGGUCACCAUUAUUAAACAGCGUUGUAAGAAAAGUUCAGUAAGAAACGUUUCCAUUCGACACACAACUCUCGGUUACAAACCACAAAACACUCGAUGAUUAAACUAGUUUUAAAUCGGAUGAAACAGCCUCAACAUUCCCAACAAUGAGGAAAACAGGAGAAACGUGCCAUGAAUGAAGAUAGAAGACUUUUAAAUCCCAAAAUCACCACACUUACAAACAUUUACUAUGAAUGAACUGUAGCUAGUAAUUUACCAUGGACUGUGGAAAUGUGGAAUAUUUAUAUUGAAUACCAGACAUUUAUAUUGCAAUAUAUUUAUUAGGUGGGUAGGGGAAUAUAUAAUUCAUUUCUUUAUGAAGGUUUGUUUAGUUUUUAUCUGCAUUUAGGCGUUUUUUAUAGGCCUAUAUAACAUAUAAUAUAAUUUGACAGUGGUAGUAGUGAGUAGCCAUGUAUGGUUUUACCUGUGGUUACCAAGUCUCACUGUCAGAAUAUUUUCAUUUAAGCUUACAUUAAUUAUAGAUAAAAUAAUUCAGAAGGCAGUCUGGCAGAAGCAAGAUAUAUUACUGUAUAACUUAAUAUUAGGGAUCCACGAUAUUUAUCGGACAUAUAAAUUAUCGAGCGAUAUGGGUGAAAAUGUCGUCAUUUUUAUUGGUCCGAUAAAUAAAUGAAAUCCGAUAAAGCACUUCCUGGUAAAUCAAUCAAUCAGUUAGUCUGAUUUAUCCGAGAUUCAUCCGCUUUCCGAGUGCAAGUGACUGCAGCUUUAAAACUGUGUCGCGCUCAUUGCGCUCAUGUCUUCGUCGGUCUGGACGUUUACUCGGUGGCAGCGGAGGACAAUGCCAUUGCUAUUUGCAAAGCAUGUUCAGCAAGGAUUUCGAGAGGAAAAAUGCGUCAAGUUUUAACACAACAAAUCUUAUAUCUCACAUGAAAGGUCGUCAUCGCGGCGAAUCUGUAAAAAGUAUUGUAAAAAGUUUUCCAGAGACAGCAAAAAGGCUAAAGCCAUAAACGACAAAGUAAUGAAAUUUAUAGUCAUUGAUGACCGACCUUUUUCCGUGGUAGAGGCUCCGGGUUUUCGCAGGUUAGUAGAAAAGCAUGAAGCAUGUGACUAUAUACCUUUCUCAUCCCUCAUAUUUAUUUUAUGUUAAACUAUGUAAUUUCAGAGAAAUUUCAACUAUGAAAACUAACCUAUGCUCUUUUGUUGAGGAUGCACUUUUUUGUUUUUCAUUUUUUUUAGAGGUUUGUAAUGUAUUUUAUUAUGUAUUUGAAAAACAUGUGACUUAAAGUCUAUAUAUUUCUUCCUCAUGCACUAAAGGUUGAAUGUAUGCAUUUCUUUGUUAUGCAUGAAAUACUUGAAUAUAAAUUUGUUGUUAAUGAGUUGUUAAGUGCAGAUAAACCAUAGUUUUGUCAUUGUUCUGUUAAACACUUUCUGUUACUAAGUAUUGUGGUGCCUUACACAAAAAAUAAAAACAUUUGAAGAGUCA